CGAGAUAGACUAGUUCAUAGUCAUUUUGUAAGACCCGGUCAGACUCCUACCUGGCUACAUCGUAACAUCAAGGGCUGCUUCAGAUGCUCAGGCUGCAUCGCCUGUGCUCACAUUUCGGUUACUAAAAUCUUUACAAGUUCUGUGACAGAUAAUCCCACAAUAACAAUGGAAGGUUCGGCCUCAGGCCAAGUUCCUUCUGAGGGAAAUCACCGGGUACAGAUCUCUACCUAUAAAAACCUAUAAAUACCCCGGAGGAGCUGAGGGGGCAGUACAGCCAUGGAGAAGAAGACCCCAGAACAGCUGGACAUGACCCUGCCUCCGUACAAAUUGUUCUCCAAACCACCAGACUCCAGGACGAAGUGGACGGCGGCCAUCUUGCUCGGACUCGUUCUCUCUGGGAUUGCAGUCAUUAUUACUCUCACUAUUUAUAUGAAUCAGAAGAAAGCUGAGAAGAUGGUGGAGAUGACCUACAGUUCAGGGGACGGAGAAAACGUUCAGCAGAUGGUUUACGUCCAUGAUGGGCAGGAUAUAGCCGCCAUAUUUAUCAAAGAUAAAGCCAACAAGUACUCUGCCUCCGUGCUCCUGGAUUACAACCAGAAACUCAUUGGGAUUCGGACUUUGAACAGGUGCUACCUGCUGAGAAUGGAGGAUUCCAAGAUCCCAUCCAAGCAGGAUCUGCUCCGGAGGAUCGAAUACUACCAGGCCCAUAAUUCCACUCUUGGAGACACCGUCACCUUCAGCUUCAUCUUGUCUAAAGAGGCAAAUCCUAUGGAUCUGGGCAUCAACAUAAACCUGCUGUGCAGCAAUGUCGCCACCUACUGGACAACAGUGGUAAACAUGGAGCAGAACCAAAGAAAAUUGCAGAAAGAUGGUGAAGUGAUCAUCAUCAUCAUCCAGUGAAGGAAUCCUGAAUGGCAGCCGCCCUCUCGUCUUGUAUAAUCCCGCUACUUCUUCCUGCUUUUCGCAACGUACCAGAGCACGAAGGAAAAGUGAUUGGAGCCGUUCAGACCGUGCGACAGGAAAAUUCACUACAAACAUCAACAGCAUUGUGUCGCAGCCCGCUGCAUCAGGAAGGGAAUUCCAAAAUUCCCAUUGAUCUUUAUUAAAAAUUAUAUUUGUAAUAUGAAAUGUGUA